GGGUUUUGCGCGCGGAGAUAAAAAUGUCAACCUUGCACAUCCGCUCCACAUAAUUCAUUCAUGUCACUGAAGUGGGUAUGGAUAUAGCUACAUAUCCAGAUCUCUAAAACAAGGAAGUACACAACGAAACACUUCCGUGAGGAGCUUCACUUCAAACUUCGAUCGAAAGUUACUGCGUUAUUUCAUCUAAGAUCUGUACACGUGAGGGAAACGAAGGCAAUGGAUGAUGUUGAUGGUUUGUGUGUGAAAAGUGUGCUCAGGAGGCGGGAUAGCGAAAAAGAUGUAGAUGAUCAUCCUACAUGUGACGUCACCGACAACGGCAACACCAACGAUGACGAAUUCUUCGUCAAAGAAAGAGUAGGAAAACAAUACCUUCAGCGAUUAAAUACACAGGAUAGUAUUGAGCUGGACGAGUCGCGUUGUUCCUCUCCCAUCUAUGUGAGGCACUCACAGGAGGAUCAGGACCCUGGAGACCCAUUAGGAGGCUUUCUAUGCACGAUCUCCCGGAAAGAUGGAACCUUUAUUCAUGCAUUAUGCACACUAGACGAUGUGGGUAUCCUCGCAAAACACCUUCAAGUGAGAGAAAAAGACAUUCUUGUGAGCUUGGACUCGACACACCUUUUGGACUCCGAGUCAAAAACCCAUGAAGAGGUUCUGAGAAUGUUUACGACAUUACCAUUAGGACAACCAAUCAUCAUGAUUGUAUAUAACAGAAAAUCUGAAAAUUUUACUUCAAUUGAAUUUCAACUGGAAGGCGUCAAAGGAGGCAAUGCUGAAAAAAUUGAUAUCAUUGUGAGGGAGGAGUCGGUUAAGUUGAUGGCCCAACCUCCAAAAGUCCUUGCCUUUAAGUUCCCAAACGAAUCUAAGUUCCUGGUCAAUGACAACGGACAAUUAAGCUUUGACCAUGUUGAGGACUUUAGAAUUGACUGCAGUUGUCAUUUCAUCGUUAACACGACAAUGGACAGAAAAGACUGGCAUACUGUUUACCGGUAUCAAGUUCAGAAGGACAAAACAAAGUAUCUUGGCAUCAACGGAAAUAGACUGGAUCUUGUAGAUGGAUCAGCUAACACGAAACAAACAUUAUUCCGACAGGAGAUGAUUCAACGAGAAAUACUUCUGAAGCCUUGUGCACAUGGAGAUAUGGCUGUUUUCUAUAACAGAAGCCGUGGGAUGCUUGAACUGGUGAGUAGGGACUAUGCACUGGACCGAGCAGCGUAUGGAAUUCGUAUGGUACCUACCUCGUGUAGCCCUUGAAAUAGAUCUGACUUUGUAAUUCUUUCCGACGAUUUGUAGGAAUUAUGAAUGAGGAAGUAUAGUGAGCACUGUUUUUUGUAUAAUUCGACUGAAUAAAGUAGUUAUAUCUGUACAGUGUUAUUAGAGACAUAAAUGCAUACACAUACUAGUAUUGCAUUUUUUGAUUUUCUGCUUCGUUAUCGAUUGUUAUUUACAUUGUAUUGAUGCAUUUUGUAUUGAGAUAUAUGCAUUACCUAUCCAGUUCGUUUUCAGUGUAAUGGAUUAUUUUAUUAUAACGCGCUUUAUCCACCAAUAAGAAGUAAUGCUGCUGUUAGAAAUAGCCACCGUUUACAUAUGCUAGUACAAUGUAUGUGUAUUUCAUUUUAUGUAAAUAUUUGGGUUUUGACAAUCUUUUUAUUACAGGCCAGUAUAUUUUGUUCAUGCUGUCUUUUCAUUAUAUGUCAGAAUGCAUUUGAUUAGGUUCCCGAGCUUUCUGACACAUUUUUGUAUUUAUUACAUGUAUAUUUAGAUCACCGAGUUACUCAGGUAUGGUGGCUGAUUUGUGCCACUUUACAAUACGCAAUUUCCGAGUUGCCCAAUAGUUCUUUCCCAUUGUGGAACUCUUACGGACAGUGAGACGCAAAACAUACUAUCAUCCACACGCGGUGGGUACAAAUGCUUAUCGCUGCCUUCAUAUAUUGCUUAAAGGCCGAUUAUCAGACGCCAUGCAACCACCCAAAUUGCAGGGACACACAAUAUUAGUAAGUUUAUUAGUAUUUGAUAAUAAAAUAGCUCAAACGAUAAUCACCAUCUUUCUUUGAUUAAAAUAUCACUCGUGCAGAAGAGGAAAUAAAAAAUAAUUUCACAUUUGAUUUAAUGGCCUAAUUCAAACAAAUAUUAUUUUUGAUAUGGUCAGUUUAAUGUAUACCAACGGCUAGUAUAAAUAAAAUUUACACUUUCAUUACUUUUAUCUGUUAUUAUAUAGAUAGUCUAUAAUAUAUGUACACAUCUUGUACCCACCCAAGCGUUCAACAGAACACUGAACGUACCUCCACCACAGAAGUUGCGUAUUUAUCGUCUUUUCGUUAUUUCGAGGCGAAAUAACGACAAAACGUAAAGAAGACAAAACGAUAAUUAGCAACUUUUCGCCCCGAAAUAACGAAAAGUCGAAAAGACGACAAAAUAAAGAUUUUCCCUUUAUUUUGCUAUCUGAUUUUCUAGGAAUUCAAUAUGAUAUUUGCUGUGUUUUCGAUAAUUAUUAAUUACAUUUACAAAAAGGAAACAUCUAAAAUUAAAUUAUAGUUCUUGUGUACUUAUAUUUAGUUCAUUGCACGUAUUGUUCAAUUCAGCACUUCAAACAUCAACUACCUUUCACUACUACUUUAAUAAUGAAAAGAGGAGGGAUCAAUCGAAUCUCCCAUUCAACAUGCCUGGUAUAACAUUUACAAAAAAAAAAGAUUUCUUCAGUAGAAUACAAGUACAUAAGAACUAAUAUUUAAUUUUAGAUGUAUCCUUCUUGUAAGUGUAAUUAAUGAUUAUCGAAAACUUUCAUUUGUUAUUGAAUUCCUAGAAAAUCAGAGAGCAAAAUAACGGGAAAAUCUGUAUUUUGUCGUCUUUUCGACUUUCCGUUACUUCGAGGCGAAAAGUCGCCAAUUAUCGUUUUGUCGACUUUUCGUUUUGUCAUCUUUUCGCCUCGAAAAGACCACAAAACGCCAGGCGAAAAGACGACAAAUUAGGUCGCUAAUGUGCGGCUUUUGUUUGUCGUCUUUUCGCCUAUAAGUUGUCGACUUUUCGUUUUGUUGUCUUUUCGACUUUCCGAUAUUUCGAGGCGAAAAGUCACUAAUUAUCGUUUUAUUGUUUUUUCGCCUUGAAAUAACGAAAAGACGACAAAUUGUAAAGUGGCACAAAUCAGCCACCACGUCAAGCGUUGUCCGUUAACAAUUGAACGCAAUAACCUCUUCUUGGUUACCAUUCCAAUUCUUUUUAAUUUGGUAUGAAGCAUCUUUGGGACAAGUGGAACAUAAAUUGUUAAUUUUAUGACUCUUGCACCCUCGGAGUCUAAGGGGCAGGGGAAAACUGCCAAAAAUUGGCCAUUUUUCAAACCUCUUCUCUACAACCGCACAUAUGUAAGAAAAACUAAAUGCAUAGUCAUGUAGAACAGGAAGACCUUUACCAAUAUUAUAAAUUUAAUGAUCCCCGGGGUAGAGGUUCUGACUUUAGGUGGUGCCAAACUUGACAUAUAGUGUUUACAUAUAUGUAUGUGUAAAACAUUUAAAUAACAUUAUCUUUAAUGCUAUUGAUACUAAAUUCAAACUAAGUGGAUAUGUAAAAGGAGCAGGUAGCCCGUUACCAAAAUAGUAAAUCUAAUGAUCCCAGCCGCAGGGGUUUUAGUUCCAGGUUGGUACCAAAAUUAUGAUAGUGAUUAUUGUCUUUACCAUUUGAAAGAUUUCUUUAAUUCUGCUGAUAUUGUAUAGAAACUAAAUUCAUACUAAGGAAAAACAGAAAGGGAAGCACCAGAAUUUUUGAUUUUGCAAUCCCAGGGUUUUGACUCGAGGACAGGUCCAAAAUAAUCAAAUAGUGUUAAUAUAGCAUAUAUCGUAUCAUGUAGGCUUUCGUCAGAAUGGGUACUUUCGGGGUCAUUUGCAUUUUUUAAGAACACAUCAUGUUUCAUACUGCUGUUGAAUAUUAGAAUUAGCUUAGAUAUGCAAAACAGGAAUUGUUUUGAUUUCAUAGUCCUUGGGACUAGUGCUACUUUUAACUAAUACUCAGAUGGCCUACAAGACCUUUGGAUUUUUUGCUAUAUGUUAACAUAAAUAUGUUCUAUGUCACUUGUAUUACACUUGUAUUACGCGGUAGACUGCUGCUGCGGUUGAAGUUUGUAUCAAACAUCUUCGAAUGUGUGCAUCAUGCCUACAAGAAAACUUAUUAUGGGAGAGACCAGGGGAUGGAUCUACGGCAUUUGGGCCUGAAAUAUUUGGCAAAGAGAGAUAAUGUAAGAGAAUGUUCGAAAUUAAAAGGGGUCUGUAGUGGAUCUAGGCCUAGGAAUUGAGAGGGGGGGGGGGGGGGGGUAUCAGUUGUUGAAGGCGAACAGUAUUUUUGUUCGGUACAUUUAUUCUAUACCAUUGUAAAUAACUUGUGAACAUUUAUUUGUGUACAUUUUCCCCCUAAAUGUAUAUUGUAAUUCAUUGCCAAUGAAGCAAGUGUUCAUAGAUGCAAACAUUGCAAUUUAAUGUGUAACACUGAAAGAUAUCUGCUACUUGGAUAUUUUAUUGAACAUAAAUGUUAACGGCAAACUAACAACUCAUCUUUAUGAUAAACGGUAUUGCAUCAGCUUCUCCAUCGUCAACUUCCCAUAUUUAUGUAGCAAUAUUCCAUUUUCACCUGUAAAUGGUAUUUAUGUCAAUUGACUGAUUCGAUACGCAGGAACAUAUUCUGUGUAUGAUCUUUUUUUUUUAAUCGAUUCAGGUUACUGACAAAUAAAAUUAUGUUCCAGGGGUUUCAACAGUCUCGUUUAAAGUCGCAAAUUCUAUGAUCGUUAUAACGAUUAAAUUCACAACUUUUGACUACGGAUAACUCCGUUUACCUGAUCAAGAUAUAGGGCUCACGGUGGGUGUGACCGGUCGACAGGGGGUAUUUACUCUUCCUAGGCACCUGAUCCCACCUGUGGUGGGUCCAGGGGUCCGUAUUUACCCAACUAUCUAAUUUGUAUUGCUUAUAGGAGUCAUGAGAUCGAUCACUUUCACAAAUACAACCUGUCAUUAGGUUGAAUGCUGUCUGGUGUGUUUCAAACCAAUUGUUAGGCCGUUCUGUACAUACUAAUUUUGACUACGGAUUUCUCUGUUUACCUGAUCAAGAUUGAGGGCUCAUGGCGAGUGUGACUCGUCAGCAGAAGAUCCUACACGCCUGUUCCCACCUCUGGUAUGUUCAAGGGUACGUGUUUGCCCUACACUUAAAUUUGUAUUCUUUAUAGGAAUUAUGAUUGAUUCACUUUGUCAUCAACGUGUCAUAUUUUUUAAUAUGGAAUUUACAUUUUGAAGACCAACAGAUUAGUCUCACUCCUGUUUAUACAUAAGGAUACAUGUCUUGCAAUGUUUGAUUUUCUGAUUCGUUAUCAAUUGUUAUUCAUCUAUGCAUUUUAUAAUGAGAUAUGGAUUACUCAUCCAGUUCGUUUUCAGUGUAAUGAAUUAUUUUAUUCUAACGCGCUGUAUCCAUCAGUAAGAAAUAAUGCUGCAGUUAGAAAUAGUCACCGAGUGUAUUUAAUUUCGUGUAAUAUUUGUAUUUUGACAGUUUUUUAUUACAGGCCAGUCUAUUUUUGUUCAAGCUUUGUUACAUGUCCGAAUGUAUUAGAUUAUUAUUCCGAGCUAUUGUCCUUUCUGACAUAUUUUUACAAAUAAAAUAUGAAAUAUAACUAAACAUCA